CGGGCCUGCUGUGCAGUUUGGACCAAAGUUUCGUUGCCCAUCAUCGCACAGGACUGAACGUCUGAUCUUGAUCCUGUUAACCAACCGAAGAUCUCCGUACUAAUUGCUACCAUCAGCAAUGGGCAACCACAUUUGGGGCAUCCUCCUCAGCCUGCUGCUGCUGGAACAGAUGAUGCCGCUGUCCGCGGCAGCCAAUCUCGCCCAGCUGGUGAAGAAGCAGAGCCAACAGAAGCAGGGGCAGGUGGCGCAGCCAGCACAGCUGCAACUGCAGCAGCAGCAGCUGCCACAGCAGCAGGUCCACACACAGCAGUAUGUCCAGGACGCGCUUGCCGAGUCGCAGGAGCUGAAGAGCGACGAGGAGGAGGACCACGAUCCGUACCAGAUGCUGCAGGAGGGCAAACAGGAGUCCCGGCUGCCAGCCUCCUCCAACUACCCAUGGAGCGCCUAUGCUGGAGCACAGGGAAUGGCGAAUCCUUAUGAGAGCGUGCCCAAGAUGAUGCCCUUCAUUGGCUACGCCCAGCCCGUGCUCAUCCCAUUCCCGCUCUACAUAGCCCCCGACAUGUUCUAUCCCGCCUUCCCUGGGGCCACCAACGACCUCGAGGAUGUGGUUAUGUCGCGUGCCGCUGGCGGACGUCGUCCGGCUGCACCUCAUUCACCGUCCCCGGCCCGAAACUCGCCCAUCUACUACGUCCGCCUGCCGCCCACGCCGUACAUGUUCGUCCCGAACAUGCCACCGAGUCCCUUUGGCAGCGGCUUCUCCCCGCUGCUCACCUACCAGCCGAUGCCCUCGUUCUCCACCUUCGGAUCCGUGUUCAAUCUGCCCGUCAAUUUCCUGGCCAACGGCAAGCCCAGCGGGAUCUACCAGGUGAAUGGAUCGCCCAGCGACCUGAGCCAGUUGUCACCCGGCUACGGUCUGCGGCCGCCCACGCCCAGCAAUCCCUUCCGGCCCAUGUCCUCGCCGACCGCCGGCUACGGUCCCUCCCAGCAGGGAUUCGGACUCGCCUCCCUGCCAGUCCCGCAGCACGACUCCAAGCUGACCUCGCUGAAGCGUCCGUUCGUGUUCAACGGCCGUCCCGAGGACAUCUACAUCCUGCCCAACAACCUAAGUCCGCUCUACAACGAUCAGAGCUACUACUGAGUGCAGCGCACAGUCUGCCCCAGGCUGUGGCACCAACAGAAAGUAUUACAGAAUGCAUUUAUUAGAUCGUAAGAUGACAUCACAUUUGCAAGGAAAAAUUGUGAGAAAUACACACAUAAAAAAUUUAGUCUUAAGAAAUGUUUUUUAAUAAGAAAAUGUAGAAUAUUUUCAGAUUAAACGCAGAUGGAACGCAGAUGGAAAAUUGGAAUAUCUAAAGAGUAGCUUAUAUAUCCUGAAAAAUUGUGAAAGUAUAUCUGACUUUCAUAUUUUCAAUCGAAACGAUUCCAUCCAUUAACGACCAAUACAUUUAUAUAUUCAGAAGAACUUUUUGUCUUUCCGUUUCAGUUCCUGCUAUAUGAUAAAGUUGUCUGAAUCCUUCGCCUAAUCACAAAUAUUUAUCCCAAGAUACACUUUUAUAAUACCCUCCUCAAGGGUAUUAUAUCCUUAGAU